UUAAGCACACUUAGCCGAGCAGAAUUUAUUUUGCCAUCUCCAAUUGUUUGUGACGCACGUUAUCCUCUUUAUUUCGCGCGUAUGGGAGUGUGUUUGUACCGAUUUUCUUGUUAUUAUUUCAUUGUAAUUUAUUUUGAUUAAUUAUAAUAACCGUAUACAAUGAAAUUGAAAAAAUCAUCUCCGAAGAAAAGAAAAAUGCACUUUAAAGGAUUAAAAAUGUUAUGUGACUUCGAAGAGGAUUCCUCUUCAUCGGGUGGUGAAUCAACACCAAGAAAAAAGGCAUCUAACACCCAAUUAACUCAACACAACCCAUCGCUUCUAUCCUCUCUAAGAAGUGUUCUGAUCGUUAUCAGUUCAGCUUUGAUAUGUUUUGCCGCAGCUAGAAACACCAUAACAUGGCAUUGUCAAAAAUUUUGGGGUGCUUCCGGUGAUUUUUGGCAAGCACAAUGGGAUAAAUUUUUGAACGCAAUAGGAGAGGAUCCUUUUACUUUAUGGGUUUAUGGAACUCUUUUUUUAAUAGCUGGAGUUUAUUGGAUUUUCGGUGGAAUUUACACCCUUUUAGACAUCACCAAUAAACCCGAUUGUUUGCGGAAAUAUAAAAUUCAACCCGGUACAAACGAACCGGUUGAUAAUAAGCGUCUAUUAAACGUAAUGUGGUGCGUUUUGGUUAACCAAUUUAUCGUUGGACCUCCAAUAGCUUAUCUUAUGUACCAUUUAAUGCAAUGGAGAGGACAUCCACCGUUAAGGGAACUCCCAACGUUUCAUUGGGUUUUAUAUGAAUUGGGGAUUCACAUUUUGCUGGAAGAAAUUGGAUUUUAUUAUUCACACCGUGUUCUUCACAGCAAAUAUCUUUAUAAAUACAUUCACAAACAACACCAUGAAUGGACAGCUCCCAUUGCAGUUACAGCCAUGUAUUGUCAUCCUUUAGAGCAUGUAUUUUCGAAUUUGUUACCACCGUUUUUGGGGGUUUUUGUUAUGGGUUCUCAUGUUGCCACAGCUUGGUUAUGGUUCUCUUUAGCUAUUUUAUCAACUUUAAACGCACACUCUGGGUAUCAUUUACCAUUCUUUCCAUCACCAGAAGCACACGAUUUUCAUCAUUUAAAAUUUAAUAAUUGUUUCGGUGUUUUGGGUCUUCUCGAUCGUGUACAUGGAACCGACACAAGUUUCAGGUCAACAAGAGCUUAUCAAAGACACAUAAUGAUGCUGAGCUUUGUACCACCAAGAGAAGCUUAUCCAGAUAUGAAUCAAUGCAAGCACAAAAUGGGGAAAUAACGUCUUUAAACGCACGUUAAUUAAUUUAAGGAGGGUAAAGUUCUUUAAUGGGACUUAUUAAUAUUGACCAAAAAAAAUAUUAUUCAUUAAGACAAAAAAAAAUAAAUAAAUAAACGUGUUUGUCAUCUAAGGAAGUAGUAAUUCUUAUAAGUAGAUCACCAAAACAAUUUUUAAUACGCUGUUAUAUUUCGAUUUAUUCUUUUUACAUUUCGCUUUUUUACGAAACGUAAAAAAAAUCUAAACACUAUAAUAUAAACUGAUAAAGUACUUUACUUUAAAGUCCUGCUUUAUGACCAGGAUUUAAUUUAGAGGAAAGGUGGUAAAUUGGUGAGAUGGCGAAAAGUGAUGAUUUAAAAAAAAUUUGAAGAGAAGAAAUUUAAGAAAAAAAUGCGUUGUGAUUUCAGCUGUGAAUAAAAAAAAAUAAUUAUAAAUGUGAAGGUUGAUAAGAUUGGAGAGGAAUAUAAUUUUAUAUGUAAAAAAUGGAUACUUUUAUGUAUAUUAAGAGAAAUAUGUAUUGUGAACUCUUAAGCAAUAAAAUAUAAGUAAUUAUUUCA